CUUAGCAGACGGCAAUUGUUCUGGUGCACGAUGUUUUGUGUGUAAACAAAUUGGUGAUAACACAUCACUCGAUGAUUCAGGAUUCAGUAUGUAAAGAGGGUACAGGAAAUAAUUUGCUGUUAAUUUAGCUUUGCACGUUGACCGAGGAAACAUAUCAGUUCGCUAUUAUAGUAGUGUAUAGGUGAUUUGUAAAAUUCCCGCUAAAAGUGUUUGUGUAGUGGUUUUAUGUAGAAAAUAAUGAGAAUGUGACGGGAAACAGACUUAUAGUAGGACGUUAUACUGAAGUGAGAAUGGGGAGGAAGAGGAUAAGGGCGAGGAAGCGUACACGCCCGAAAGGAUUUAACCCUGUCAGCGCUAAUUUUAACCAGCAACCGAAACAGCAGACAUAUUUUAAGCGGAAACCACAGCAUUAUGUGAGUAGUACUCAGCAACUGGCAUCAGAGUCGGAUCACACAUUGUCUGGAAGUACAACUACCCUGGAGGAAGUGAUAGAAGUGGGCCUUCCGGAUGAAGUGCUAAAUGUGAAACAUACAAAUGAAGCAAUAGUUGUGGACCUUACUAAAGAAGUGACAGAAGUGGAGAGUACAAAUGAAGUCAUUGAGGUGAACACUACGAAUGCAGCAGAGCUACUCGAUACACAACCCCGUAUUCUGUCAGAUACCUCACCUGAUCUCUGGCAUAAAGUUACCGUGAAACCAGCAGGAGGUGACAGAGUAGCUGUUCUCUAUGCCAUCAACAGGCAAAUUUCUCCACAGAAGCUCAUUCCAUAUUUUUUUUGUAUGGAGGAUGGACAUAUAACAUUCUUAGUGAAAAACUGCAGUGCUGCCCUCACAGUAUUGUUCAAACAGAACCUUAAAGUGCAAUAUGGUCGUACUAAGAUUGAAUUGAAAGUUGAGCUUCGUGCCAAGAAAGUGAACCUCUCUGCAAUUCUGCAGAAAAUUAUCAGUGAAAGGCUCAGCUCUGACGGGACUUUCUUAGACCUGUCACACCUGACUAGCAUUCCUGAAUUCCAACAAGUGAUGUACGACCCAUCAGAAAACGUCCAUUUGCAGCAGCAGUUGCUGAAAACAGGAGAAAUGUUCCCGAACGUCGUUAGUCUCAGUCUUGCAGGAAAUGGGCUGUUCACACUGAGCCAUCUCGCCACUGUGUUUGCCGAUAAACUGAAGUGGUGCUCACUAAAAGUAUUAGAUCUGACUGACAACAAGAUUACAACAACUUCUGAUCUGGCGAUCUUCAGUUCUAUGCCUAUCAGAGAAUUGUAUUUGAACAAAAAUCCUGUGUGCGGGAGACACAGAAACGAUGACAGCUACAUAAGUGUCAUCAGAGUGAACUUCCCUCGUCUUAUUAAAUUGGAUGGGGCUUACCUUCAACGCACUCCGGGCUUACCUCGGUGGCGGCCAAAUUACAUUUUCUGUAGGAGCGGGGGCAACUCGGGUGAGCUCGCCGACCAGUUUCUUGACCACUUUUUCACACUGUACGAUGGUGAGGAUCGGACUUGGCUGUGGGAACUCUACCACGAGGAUGCCUACUUCUCACUCUCUAGCAUGUACCUUCCUGGUCAGAGCACGUCACACGAUGCAAGGCUGAGCUCAUAUGUAGCAGAGUGCCGUGACCUCUUGCACACUUCUGCCAAACUGAGGUCAAAGACUGCACUGGCCCAUGGGGCGGAGAAGGUCAUCAUGAGAUUAGAGAAGCUGCCAAGGACUCGACAUGACCCGUAUUCCUUCACUGUAGAUCUUCUACAUGAUUCUGACAAAAGUACUAUAUUGACUGUUACGGGUGUGUUCAAAGAGCAAAAUCCAAAACAGAAGACAUCGCCUCGACAUUUUAUGCGCACCUUUGUCCUGGUCAGACGACCAAGUGGUGAAUACCAGAUAGCUAAUGACAUCAUGUAUGUUACAAAUGCAACAACAGAUGAGGCGGAGGAUGCAUUUCGAUUCACAAAGCCACAUACAAACCUAAAGAAAAUCAGGCCACCGAGGGAAGUAACAGAGAGUGAUAAAAAUUCCAUGACAGAAAAGUAUUCACAACUUACCAACAUGACGUCUGAGUGGUCACGCAAGUGCCUGGAAACUGCGCACUGGGACCUAAGAAAAGCGCUCCUAUCAUUCAUUGAAAUGUACAAAGCCGGCAAAAUUCCAGUAGAAAGAUUCAUAAAAGCAAAAGAAGCUGCAAAAUCGUAAAAAGGGAAAAGCUGUUGACCUCCUUCGAAUACCUGUGUCUGUACAGUACUUGAACCAGCUACUGACAAACGUUACACACGUUGUGAAUUUGGUAAUUGCUGUAAUUGCAGCAGCAUUAUUCCAGAAAAAGGUGCUGCAACUUAGUUUUGUGACUGGUUAGUGCAGGUUUAUCAGCAGGGAGCAGUGUGCAGAGAGUAGUUAAUCUAAUGUUCAUUGUGUCAAAAGAAAAAUUCAGUUGAAAAACAUAUUAAUUUAUGAGACAAAAUUACUAGGCAGUCCUUACCGUCAGCACUGCUGAUACACACUAUCCUAACUUUUGGAACUAUCAGUUUCUUUCUCAGAGAUUAGAAGGGCAUAUCUUGGGGAAGGCUAAAAAGGAAGUUCAGAGCACUCUGACCUGAGGAUGAGAAGGAAUGAGCAGGUCAUUGAGGAUGGAUCGUCAGUGCUUGUGGUGAUGUUUAACCAAAUCGCUCUUGACCUAAGUAUGGUAAGGAAUGUUCUGGCAGAGUGUAAAUUAUUUAGGAGUAAAGGAGACAACCUGCGAAACAGUAAAAGCGUUCAGUCGUCAGGCACACAUAAAAGAAUGAAAACCUUGCUAGAUUUUGGACAAAUGCUGAUAGGAAUGGAGUACACACACACACACACACACACACACACACACACACACACACACACACACACAAAAUCACUUUUGCAGCUGUAUUAGUCUGGCUGAACACACUAUAUUGGAACUGCAAAUCAGCAAGUAGACAGGGGUGAGGGGUUGUGUGGGGUAGGACAGGUAGAGAUAGAAAUUUGUGGAAAGUGGGAGGAACAUUGGGUAAGGCUGGCUGAUAGCUCAGAGGAGACAUUCUGUGUGAGAGAUAAGAAUGAGACACAUGGGCACUGGAACCAGUGAGUUCACGUAAUGGACAGUGCCAGUGAUAUGGAGGUGUGGAUUGGAAGGGGGUGACAGGAAGAGGAGACUGUUGGGUAGAGAGUGUGGGUGCAGCGAGUUAGCAAAGGCUUAGGCUGGAAGGAUUACGGGAAUGAAAGUGUUGUGAGGAUAACUGCUACCUGUGUAGCUCAGAAAUGAGAGCAGAGUUGAGCACCCAGUAGUGGAAAACAUUAAAAUGGCUGCUUCCCACCCCUUGCCAUCUGGAUGCUUCCUCCCAGCACAAGUUUUUUUUAACUACAUAAAUGAGUAUUUCCUCACAACAUGCCCUUCAUUCCAUAAUCCCCCUGGCCUCAGUUUCUCCUACCCCACUGCAGACACCUACCCAACAGGCUCCCCUUCCUGUGUCCUGUCGCCCCUCCCAAUCCACUCUACCACAUCAAGAGCAUUGUGCACUGCACAAACUCACCAGCUCCUGUGUCCGUGUGUCUCAUUCUUAUCCUGUGCAGCUGAGCAGUCGGCCAUCCUCCCCCAAACCCUCCCCCUACUUCUGCCUCUCUUGUCCCUCUACUCACACCACUUGAUACAACCCCUCACCCUAGUCUACCUGUCAUACAUGUGUAUAUGCGUGGG